ACACUAAUUCUCUAUUUUCUUUUUUAAAAAAUUAAUUAAAUAAAUAAAAUAAAAUAAAUUAGUAUCCUAGGCCCUCUGGUCUCCCCAACUUUUUUCCUUUUCAAGUCUUGCAGUUACUUUAAUCUCAUUGCUAUUCUUAAUCGGAAAAUUCUUGGCUCUCGCUCUUCUAUUUUUUCUCUGUCUUUGCUUCUUUCAACACAUACGAUUUAUAUAUAUACCCACUUCCCCCUCUUGUUGUUUUUUAUAUGUUUCUCAUGAUCUCUUAGCACAUACCCAGAAACCAGCAUAGAUCAUACAAGCAGAAGAGAGGAGAACAGAGAAGAGAAAGAGAUUAUUGGUGUGGAAAAGAUUUGAGAAGAAGGUUGGGAUUGUUUUGCUGGUUGCAAAAAAUGGCUGUACAAGCGCAGUUCCCUUUGUGCGGCUCACAGGAUUGGAUGGAGAAUGGUUGUGGAGGAGGAGGAGGAGGAGGAGGAGGUUUUAAUCAGUUUUAUUAUUCCUAUCUUCAACAAGAACAACAGAAGCAACAGCAGCAGCAAUGCAAUGUCCAGAUGGUACAGAACCAGCUGCAGAAGAAUCAAAAUCAUUGCUUUGACAAUAAUAUUAUUGGUUCUUCUUCUUUGAAAACCAGUAAUUAUCACCCUUCAAUGGCUUAUUCUCAAAGCAUCGCUGCCUAUGAUGAAAAGCAAAGACAAGAGAUUGAUCACUAUAUCAGAUUACAGAAUGAGAGGUUAAGAUUCUUAUUGCAAGAACAAAGAAAGCAACAGCUAGCUUUAUUGAUGAAGAGAAUAGAAUCAAACGCACUGCCUUUAUUGAGGCAAAAGGAUGAAGAAAUAGCUCGAGCAGCUAAAAGAAUUGCAGAGCUUGAAGAUUUCACAAAAAGAUUAGAGAUGGAGAGCCAAGUCUGGCAAAGGUUAGCACAAGAAAACGAAGCCAUGGUUAUUUCUCUCAACAACACAAUAGAACAACUGAGGGAAAAAGCCUCGUGUUGCUUUGAAAACGGAGCAGAGGAUGCAGAGUCAUGCUGUGAUAUGAACAGAGAAGAAGCAGAGGAAACAGAGGUGAAAAACAGAGUAUUUGUUGAUGAUAACGUUACAGAAGAGGAAAGAGCUAGAAAAAAGAUGGUGUGCAGAGGCUGUAACUCUAGGAAUUCGUGUAUUUUGUUCCUUCCCUGUAGGCACCUUUGUUCAUGCAAAGCUUGUGAGGCUUUUCUUGAUUCUUGCCCUGUCUGUCAAACGGCAAAGAAGGCUAGCAUUGAGGCUAUAAUGGUUUAGACUUUGAUUUUCUAGGCCCCGGAAAAAAAUUUUCCGGGAAAAGUGAAAGGGAAUAGAAAAAGGGAAAGAAAGAGAAGCAAAAAUCAGACACCCAAUUCAAUGCCUUUGCAUGCAGGCACACUGGCAUUGGCAUUUGGUCAUUAAAUUUUAGUUUUUUUUUUUUUUUCCUUUUUUCUUUUUCCUGCCCUCUUUAGGAAUCCUAUUGUAUUUAGAUAGUCGUAACUUGUACUUUAAAACCAGCGAGAAAUCAAUCAAAAAAAUUGAAGAAGAGAAUUACAGAACAAGAGAGAGAUAGGCAUUAGCUAGGAAGCAUCUUUUCUUUUAAUUGGAUUUAUUGCUUUUUAGCCA